AUGUCCGAACAGAAUCAAUCAACAAAACGACAACCAUCAACCUCAACCUUGCAUUUGUUUUGGCCCAACGAUCACCCUCUUGACUCGACUGGUUAUCUGAUCGGAUGGAAGAUCGAAUCGGUCUACUGCGUCGCGACUCUGGUAGAAAACUGGCCGGUGACUUCGUCAAACCAACCGAUCAGGCAAUUGGACGGAAUGCAUGAGAGCUCCAAGGCUCGUCUCUUAGGCCAACUGAACCCCGAAGGCAAUUCAUCAGGCUCCCCAAGUCCAUCACACGGCCACGAAGGAUGGAUGACAAUUACAUACCAUAGAGGGACACUUCAGAUAAAGGGUUUGAAGGAUGAAGAGGAGACGAUCUUGGUGAUAUACGAGCGUCCAUCAAUGCGAAGACAUCAUUUUCUUUCUCUUCGGCCAUUACUCAAGCCCUCCUUAGUGUCGAGCCAGUUCGCUUCAUCAUCAAAACCAAGUGGAAACGAACCGCUGGCUCAAAAGAUUAAGCUACUCGACCAGUUGUAUCCUCAUCGUGCUAUGCCCGGGCCGGAAUGUGGACAUCCUAGAGAAAUGUCAAAAGUCAUCCAAUUUGUAAACUCUAGUGAAGAAAUCCACAACAGGAUUCAUCAUUACAGCACACCAAAAACUGUUGAUCGGAAGAACGCGACUCCAAAACCUGAUGGUCCCCCUUGCAGUCAUCCUUUACCGUACCACCUCGAUUCGAUCCUUGCACUAUCCACCUUCCUCCAACAAUUCAAUGUCCGUCUGGCCGAGAUUUCAAGUUGGCCAAGCCGGUAUCGAAAGAUCAAUCGGGAAGAAGAUGCCGAUCUCUCGGGCCGACGCGCCGAAUAUGUCAUGCUUUUCAAUACUUUGUGGUUGAUCGCAAACGAUAUAAUUUUUGGUCAAACAAGUGGGGCGAUUCUGAUGGAAAAUUCGGAGCCCUUGGCCGAUUGGCUCGAGUAUCACUUGCAAACGUACACCGUUACUCUCGUUAAAAGGGCGCUACAUUGGACUAAUUCGUAUCCAGUUGGAUUAAAAUUGAACGAUCAACUCGGCCAAGCUUUCUGUCUUUGCUCAAACAUGGCCGUCGACUUUUGGCACAUCUAUGUUUUAAAACAUGCCUAUCUAAUCUUACCCAGAAUGAUUUGGAUUGUCGGCUUUGUCAGCUUAUUCGGGAACACAUUCACACUGGCCAUUGCUUCCGAUUUCUUGACGAUUGCGACGUUCCAUCUAUGGAUAAUUUAUCGGUUGUUUACGUUUAUCUUUGAUUGCCAAUUACGCUUUCUUAGUGUCCUUUUUAAUAUUUUCAGGGGUCGGAAGUACAGCGUAUUGAGAAAACGAAAUGAACCGGCAACUUAUCAACUUGAUCAGUUAAUACUAGGGACGAUUUUGUUUACACUGGCGAUCUUCUUAUUCCCAACCAUUCUGGCAUUUUACAUCCUAGCAAGUACAACCCGCGUGUUCAUUGUGUGGAUCCAUGGAAUCAUUGGCACUGGCUUGUCUUUGCUGAACCACUUCCCUCUGUUUGUUUUGAUGCUGAGAAUUAAAGAUCCGGCUCGCUUGCCCUCUGGUGUUUGCUUUAUCCCACUACAUGAUGACGGCGCAGCAAAGUUCAAACUCCAGAAUGUACCCGUCGGCCUCCCUUGGAUCUUUUCUGAUUACAUCUCACUUUGGGUCAAUCUAACUUCUCAUUACUCGCCACGUCUGUUGUUGUAUCAUCUUUGUUCUGGGCAGCCAAUAGCACCCCUAGCAAAUCGUGCGGCUGCUUAUAAGAGGCCGUAA